CCGAGCCACAACGGUGGAGCGGUCUGUAUUCACUUCCUUCUUUCCUUCCUUCCUUCCUUUCCUCGUCGUCCCCACGACCCCGGGCUGCUCUUCGACGGUGAAAAGAUUCGGCAGGUGAGACGAUGAUCGACUGAGGAGACAAAUGAAUGGACGGACGUGGCGCGCCGAGAGGAGAGAUGGGCGCACUCGGGAGCCAGGGGCUGGUCUGGAGGCUGGCGGAGGAGAUUCAGUCGGGACCGGUGUCGAACAGGGCGCCGCAGACAGACACACGCUGCAGCGGGAUGAAGACCAUCUAGAGGCGACACAAGGGAGGACCGGGCAGACAGGGCAACUGGCCAGGGCCCCCACCCCCAAAAGUCCCGGGUUUACUCCAGGUCAUUUGGAUCAACACACAAUUUAAUUAAAUGGAUAAAUUAACUAUGACGUCUUUUUACCUUUUGCUUAACCAUAAAAUGUCUUUGUAUAAGUCGUUUUUCACGUGGAAUACCUGGCUAUAUGAGAUUAUGAUGGGAAUUCUUCACGUGAGGAACCGUUUCACACAUGAUAAACAUGUUAUGUGUUUCUUAGGUGACAGACUCAGUUGUCGUCUGUAAAUUCUUUAUGACACCAUAAAACAAUUUGAUACAUAUGAGAAAACAAUGUCAGACAUCCGACUGAUUAAUAACUAAAUAAUUUCUUGAAAAAGAUAAUUGUAGAUGUUAUAUGAAUAUAGAAGUAGCAAAAAUGCACAACGAGCCAUUGGACUGUGAAAGGCAGAUCAUGAAUGGUAGUGUGUGUGUGUGUGUGUGUGUGUGUGUGAGAGAGAGAGAGAGAGAGUGUGUGUAGGCUUAUUAUCCAGAACAUUCCUAUUGUAUCCAAUUGGCUCCACACAUCAAACUAAAGGUCCACAAAUAGAGGAGUGGGGCCCAGACAGUGAUGAUUGAAAAUGAUGAUGGGGGCUUUGCUGUGGUCGCCUCUUCUGCAGCCACAGCGCCACCUGCUGCUCCACAGAGGAAGUGGAAAUUGCUUCUCUCUUUGAGCCAACGACAAGAGCUCUGACACUGCAUCGACUGCAUGAGUCAGCGUCUGUGCAAUAAGGCUGCAGGGUGAUAAACUCUGCUCAUCACCGAAGCUUUAUCUCUCUCCUUUCAAAAGAGGACCUGCAGCGGAUAAAGCAGCCUGGCAUAUUCAUCUUUUUUUUCUUCCUAUACAACCCUGAAUAUGGAUCAGUUUCGAGGGUUAUUCGUUAAACUGGACCAAAACAAAGAUGGAUUCGUAUCAGUGGCAGAGCUGCACAACGAGAUGAGGACACAUGGGAUCAUCUCCGCAGAUGCCAAGGCCCAGAAUAUCAUUGAUUCUUAUGACAAAGACCACGACGGCCUUUUGAAUUAUGAAGAGUUCCUCAGCUAUAUGAUGGCCAGAGAGAGGAAGUGGAAAAUUCACUUUCAUGACCUUGACAAGAACAAGUGUGGGGCAAUUGACCAGGAGGACAUCAUAUGUUUGUUUAAGGAGUUAGGAGUGGUCAUUUCAAAGCCGAAUGCAAAAAAAAUUAUACAAAUGAUGGACGAGGACAGUUCGAUGACGGUGGACUGGGGUGAAUUCCUGCACCAUGUCAUCCUCAACCCCGUGGACAGCAUCGGGGAGCUGGUGACCUCAUGGAAACACCAGCUGGUUUUUGAUGUCGGGGAGAGUCGUGCGAUGCCCCUCGAGUUCCCCGAAGAGGCGUCUGGUUUUGGUGCGUGGAGGUCGUUUGUUGUGGCAGCAGGACUGGCAGAUGCCGUAUCCCGGACUGUGACGGCGCCCAUCGACCGCCUCAAGACCCAACUCCAGGUUCAUGGAUCCAAGGCCUUCUCCCAGGGCUUCCACGAGAUGAGAGCAGGCGGCCUGCGUUCGAUGUGGCAGGGCAACGCCGUCAACGUGCUGAAGGGAACGCCACAGUCGACACUGCAGUGUCUUAUCUACGCCCAGCUGAAGGUCUACACCCAAAACCGAACCCAGGAGACUCUGACGGUGCAGCAGCGUUUCGGGUUGGGCUGCGUCUCCGGUGCCGUCGCUCACGCUGCCUUCUACCCUUUAGAGGUGUUAAAGGUGAGACUGAACCUGCAGCAAGCCGGCACCUACAAUGGCAUGGCGGCCUGCGCCCGAUCCAUUUACAGACACGAGUCUCUGUCCUCGUUUUACAGAGGAUUCAAGCCCAGUAUCCUCUGCAUGAUCCCCUACGCAGGCAUGGAGUGUGCGGUUCACCAGUCGAUCAUGAACUGGGCAAAGAGUGAUCCGGCCUACAACAGUGACUCCAAACUGUUUUUCUUCAGUUUCGUGGCCUUCGCCUCUGGACAAAUGACCAGCUACCCACUGGCAGUGAUCCGCACUCAGCAGCAAGCGCAAGCUUUCAGCUCAGAAUCACGUCCGGCUUCAGGUGUUUUUGAAGGACUUAUUGGGAUAUAUGAAAGACGUGGACUUAGGGGAUAUUAUAACGGCAUGGGAGCCAGCUUUGUCAGGGCUGUUCCAUGUGCCUUGAUCAACUACACUUUAACUAGAACAUUUGAAAAUCUGUUGGAGUCUUGAGCUUUAGCAGAGAGGUUGUUUUUCUUUUCACACUGAGCUGUCAGGAUAAUCAGGAACACAAAAAAAUAAUACAAAAACUGUGGACUCUGGGUAAUGUGAACGGGGUGACUGAAAAUAAUGGGAAUCCAGAAAAAGAGUCACGUCUCCCCAGACAUGCAUUAUCAUGUGAUACAGCCUUUAAUACCUCUGCAGCUUAAAGACUUUUACCCUCUGACCAAGACCUGGAGACGCGGUGAAGUUUUUGUGAAUAAAGUAAAACCUCAUUGUGUGCUUAUGCAUGGUUCGACUUGAGAUUUACAUUGUGACUAAAUACUAAUGUGUGAUAACGGCCCACUUAAGACUGAGCAGUGUAAAUGAGGACGUGUUGAAGUGUGAGCUGUGUAAUAAAGUAUGACAUUUUAAAUCAUAA